AUGAUCCCUUCAACCCUGUGUCGGAGGGUGCAUCAUUCCCGAAGAUGGAUGCCCUACUCUUUUCGGCCGGGCCUGGCCUCGAACCUCGCUCUCUGUAGCCGAAGAGCUAAGCAUGGGAAAGCGAAUGUUCAAUUCCAGCAUGUGCGAGUACAAAACAUCCGAAACAUCGGCAUUAUAGCUCAUGUUGACGCAGGAAAAACCACAACCACCGAGCGCAUGCUUUACUACAGCGGUGUGACCCAAAGAGCUGGAGACGUUGACGCGGGAAAUACUGUAACUGAUUUCCUAGAACUCGAAAGAGAGCGAGGAAUCACUAUUCAGUCAGCGGCCAUUACUUUCAACUGGCCCAAGGCUGACAACUGUCCUCCGGGUACUUUGCCCAAGACUGUAAACCUUAUUGAUACCCCUGGCCAUCAAGACUUCAGAUUUGAAGUUGACCGAUGUCUUCCCAUUCUCGAUGGUGCUGUUUGCAUCAUCGAUUCUGUAAAGGGUGUUGAAGCGCACACGGAACGAGUGUGGGGUUCUGCGCAAGAGUUCAAAAUACCUCGCAUCGUGUUUUGCAACAAACUGGAUCGUGAAGGCGCUUCAUUCAGAAAAGCCGUGCUAGAAAUUGGCACCAGACUGAAAGGAUGGCCCCUGGUGUGCCAGAUCCCCUGGUGGGAUAAAGAGAACUUGGUCGGGGUGAUAGACGUCAUUGAAGGCGUCGCAUAUCGCUGGAACUCGGAGCGAGAGAAACUCUGCUAUGCACCAGAUGAGCUAAAGGAAAAAUUGUCACGGACGAAUCCAGAGCUCAUGACGGAAAUGCAGCUAGCCAGGCUACGACUCGUCGAGAGCUUGGCGGAUUUCGAUGACACCAUAAUGGACGAGUUUCUCGCGGAAAACCAGCACAUUCCAGCCGCCUUGUUGAAGCAGGCCAUUAGGCGGACCAUUCAAAGCGGAGAUGGUCGUGUCAUUCCGGUUUUUGCCGGCUCGAGUUUCCGGCACAUUGGGGUUGAGCCUUUGAUGGAUGCCAUCACUGACUAUCUGCCCAGUCCAGCAGAACGACCGGACGUUGAAGUGCGCGUCGGAUCUUGUGAACGAAAGCUACAUGAUGCUCUAGACGGUGACGGGAAAAAGGGAGGAAAAGGAGCCAAUAUUGCGUCAGUCGCCACGGUCUUCAAGGUGUUUGACCAUCCAAAGGAGGGCGUCCUAAGCUUCGUGCGAGUUUACCAUGGAACGUUGACACGCAACGCUCCGAGCUUCAACACCAACAUUCAAGUCCAGGAACGGCCAAUGGGAAUCCUUCAAAUAUCAGCAUCCAAGACACAGGAUGUCCAAGAGCUAUCUGUUGGACAGAUUGGAGCCUUGAGAGGGCUCAAGAAGGCUCGAAGCGGAGACACGCUGAUGACGACUUCGAAUGCGAAACCAGCCGCGGAACAUGUGCGUCACGUCCAAAUCAGACCACCCGAUAUCCCGCCUCCGGUUGCGUUCCUACAGGUAGAGCCAUAUGGAAACGUUGCAGCUCAGGAACUGCAGACGGCACUGGAAAAUGCUUCGAGAGAAGAUCCCAGUCUGAGAUGGAGCCGAAACUCCAAGACUGAUCAGUUCACUAUUCAAGGCAUGGGGAAACUUCAUCUCGACGUGUUUCUGCAUAACCUGAGACAGAAGAAGAAAAUCGACGCCGAGUUCGGUGCAAUCGAAGUCGAUUACAAGGAAUGCAUCAUUCAGCGCACCAAACCACACUACACGGUCUUUGACAGACCGGUGGCCAGCAAGCCGGGAAAGGCAGCCUGUACAGCAACUCUGGAUCCUAUUGAAGAGGAAAGCCGCGGCGACUUGAGCUCUGGUGUUGAGAUGGAUGGGAAUGUAUAUGAGAUUGAGAUACCCGAGCCGUCGGGAGCGGGUGGUGCGGUGUUUGAUGCGGAGGAGGCGCGUCACCAACUUCUCAACGGAGCCGUCGCAGGAUUGGCUCGAGGACCGCGAAGAGCGUCGCCUAUUCAUGGAUGCCACGUAAAGGUGACGCUCGACACUUCCGAGGAUGCCUUGGUAAGUCCCAGUGGCGGGCAUUUCAGCAGCGUCGCCAGGACGGCGGUGCAAAAUGCGCUUCGUGAUGCUUUCCUUGCGCAGAACGUUGGGGUGCUGGAACCCAUCAUGCUCACGCACAUUACUUGUCCAGAAGCAGCGGCAGGUACUGUGCAGCAUGACAUUACAGCAGGGGCAGGUGGGCACAUCCUCGAGGUCAAGGACCGAUCCGUGGAGUGUUCCGGUGGCGACAUGGUUGAUGCCUCCAAAAUCUACGCUCCUCCGGAUCCAUACGAUUCUGUCACGUCACUGCGCGGGAAGAAGACGGCGGAUAGGAUGGUUGAAAUUGUAGCCAAGGUGCCGUACAAGGAGAUGCUCGACUAUGAUGAUCACUUGCGAAGCAAGACGGCAGGACGACAUUCCAUGACCAUGUCGUUCGACUCGUUUGCGAGGGUUGUCGGUCACCGGGAGAAGGGGUUGUAG